AGAGGAAGAGAGAAGGGGAUAGACCAAAAAAGCUGUUUUGAGUUGGAAAGGGGUUUAGGAAGAAGGAUGAGUCUGCACUGUGUUGUUUUUGAGGCAUUAACUUAAGAAGAAAAUAUUGUUUGGAAACAAUGACCAUAUGACAACAGGAAAGAACAAAUUGCUUUCCUGACCAAAUGUCUGAAGCAGCUUAUGGUACAUCCUAGUUGAAAAUUACUAUUUUUAAAUAUCGCUACAGCACCUAUAAUCUGAUCGGAUGAUGCUCUGGCUGCUGCUUCUUGCCUGCUUUACAUCCCAUGCUGCCAAUCAACUCCCGACCAACCGAAAGUCAUCCAUUACGUUUGAUCCUUCCCAGCUUAUCUGCAGUGCACCUGGUCCUCCGGGAGUUCGUGGGUCUCCAGGAUAUCCUGGACCUCCAGGCCCGGUUGGACGAAUGGGAUUCCCUGGAAAAGAUGGUAUGGAUGGGAAGGAUGGUCAAAAGGGAGAGAAGGGAGAAGAAGGUGACAGAGGAAAAGAAGGAAGAAGUGGGAAACCUGGUGUGAAGGGAGUACGGGGAGCUAUUGGCAAAGCAGGCCCCCGAGGACCAAGGGGCCUUAGAGGUGUUCAGGGUAAUACAGGAAUACGUGGACCAAAAGGCACAAAUGGAAACAAAGGUGGGCCUGGUUUGCCCGGAAUCUGCAAUUGUGGCAUUAACACAGCAAGGUCUGCCUUCUCUGUAGCCAUCACCCACAGCUACCCCAAGGAACGCAUGCCCAUCAAAUUUGAUAAGGUUCUUUUAAAUGAAGGAGGACACUAUAAUGUUUCCAGUGGAAAAUUCAUAUGUUACAUACCUGGCAUUUACUACUUCUCCUAUGAUGUGACCUUGGCCAAUAAACACCUUGCUAUUGGGUUGGUGCACAAUGGUCAAUAUCGUAUAAAGACCUUCGAUGCUAACACUGGUAACUAUGACGUGGCUUCUGGUUCAACUAUCAUGUACUUGAAGCGUAAAGAUGAAGUCUGGCUGCAGAUUUUUUAUUCUGAACAGAACGGCUUGGUUUAUGAUCGUAACUGGGCUGAUAGCUUAUUUACUGGCUUUAUGAUUUACGUUGACCAGGACUAUCUCAAUGAAAUCGAUGAAGAGCAAAUCUUCUAGGAAACUCAUUCUUUAUACCAUGAUAAACAGCCAAAAAUGCUGCAAUAGUUUGUUCAACCUGUUUAUAAAUAUCCUUUUCUGGAAUUUGCUCUCAGUGAUAACAGCCAUCACCCUAACAAAAUAACAGUAUCUCCAUCACAAUAGAGACAGAAGAAUGUCACAGGGAACAAGAAGGUUUUUAAGUAAUGUAUUUUCUGAGAAGAUACAUUGACAAGUUUACAUUUAGUACCCAUGCUGGUUAUCCCAAGAAAAUAACGAUGGUCCUUAAUGAUAUUUUUCAGAACAGAAUGAUUUGCAGGGCUGUUUUAGAGGUCACAGUAUCAGCUGAUGAGCGUGGCCUGGAACUGUUUGAAGAUCUGCCUGGAUCUUUCAAUUUCACCGUGUAGAAAACAAUGAAUUAUUUAGGAUUUUACAACCAUCUGGCAGCUUUCAACGUGAUUAUUUCUUGAAUAAUGACCAUUCUUAACUAAUCUAGCACUUAACCCAGCUCAUGGAAGGAAUGCUGUUAUUUCUUUGCCAGUCUCUGCCUUGACUGUCAGUGAAAGUUUGACUUGCAUCGAAUAGUUUCCGUGAGAGAAAACAAUACCCACUUUGAAAAAUCAGUGAUUCUGAGGAGAAUAGGAGGUGGGUUAGGGGUGCUUGGGAGUAAGAGAAGGGAAAGGGGCACCCACUUGUGUGUUGAUGUUGUGCUUCAUUUCAACUCUGAGGUCUGAGAGGGACACCAGAACUCUUUAGAAAAACACAACAUUAGGGUUUCUGUGAUGACUGCGUCUUUGUUGGGCUUCAUAGAGAUACUGCCAGAGAUUCCAAUUGAUAAGCAGAAAGAGGGAUAAGCAAGGUCAACAUCAGUCUUAAACAUACCUUGUCUGGAUGUCUUUCUCUUCCACCUUCCCACUGUAAAUUUCCUCAUUCUCAUUUACCUCCAAACAUUCUGUAUCAUCUGACCAUAUUCUCAUUUCUGCCACCCAGCUGGUGAUUUCAGUUGGGAGUCCAAAUCACAAGCAAUGGAAGUGAAAUUUAGGAGAUUAUAUCUCUCUGGGCUUCAUGUGACAGCCAGCGUGUGAUCUGAUGACAUUUCCAAGCACCCAUGCUUACACGUGGGACUGCAAAGAUUAUGCUUGAACUGUUAAUCUCAAGUUUUGUGCUCCUACUUUGAAAAGUACACUACGGAUAUUCCCUUACGACCAAUAUAGCAUGGUUGGAAAUAUAAUCAUGGUAAUGUAUUCACAUACUAAACAACAGCACCAUAUAGCAUCGGCAGUUGGACACAAAUACACUUUUGGUAAAAUAGGAAAAAAAUCCAAAAUUUGACUUCAUACCACUUCGACUCAGAUUUCUAACUCGGGUAGAAAUCUUGACUUUUUACUUUUACUCUGGCCUUACUAUGUUUUAUUAAAAUGUAUUAUGACGUACAGGUAGGAGUCUAUUUACUUGAUGUGGUGCUGCAUUGAUAUGUGUAUAUUCUGGGAUUGUGAAAUGUUUGCAAUGGAAAGGUAUAAUGGGGGAACAUUUGAUUACAGUUGGUAUCCAUUAGGAAACCUGUUAGAAAAGUUGACUUUCUUGUGUAAGGAAUUAAACAUGUUGAAACUUGAAAUAAAGAACAUUUAUU